AUGUUUAGAAACAAUUACGACGGAGAUUCAGUUACUUUUUCCCCAACUGGGCGACUUUUCCAAGUGGAAUAUGCUCUAGAAGCAAUUAAGCAAGGAAGUGUUACUGUUGGCUUGCGUUCUCACAAGUAUGCUGUAUUAGUAGCAUUAAAAAGAAACGCUGACGAAUUAUCAUCUUAUCAAAAGAAAAUUAUCAAAUGUGACACCCAUAUGGGGCUGUCCUUAGCUGGUUUAGCACCAGAUGCUCGUGUUUUGAGUAAUUACUUAAGACAACAAUGUAAUUAUUCGAGUCUAGUCUUCGAUAGAAAAUUAUCCGUUGAGAAAGCGGGUAGUCUUUUAUCUGAUAAAGCUCAACAAAACACACAAUCUUAUGGUGGUAGACCAUAUGGUGUAGGCUUAUUGGUUAUUGGCUAUGAUAACAGUGGAUCUCACUUGUUAGAAUUCCAACCGUCUGGUAAUGUCCUUGAAUUGUAUGGUUCAUCAAUUGGUGCUCGUUCGCAGGGUGCUAAAACAUAUUUAGAAAGAGUGCUGGAUGACUUUUUAGAGAUUGAUAAUGUCGAAGAAUUAAUCAAAGUUGGUGUUGAAGCUUUGAAGCAAUCUUUGAAGGAUGAAGAUUUAACUACACAAAACUUGUCAAUUGCAUUUGUUGGUCAUGAUAAGUCAUUCACUCAAUUGGAUGGUGAUGCUGUCUCUCCAUACCUAUAG